AUGGCGCAGAACGCCAUUGGCAGGCUCUUCCGCGGCCAGAGUUCCGGUUCUCUGCGUCAAUCAGUCGGGUCCCUGACACAGAAGCGCAGCUACUCGAAAAAUGCCAUUCCCACUUUCACCCAAACCUCCUCCGCCGACUUGGACGCCGACCUGAACCGUUUCCGAGAAGAGCUCUUCAUCCCAUUUGGACUGAGAACCUCGCAAAGAAGGAUGAUGUUCCGACAGAAGUACGCUGAUCGAUUAGAUGAGGAACCCAUCACUGUCCCCAUCAGUGAGACCGAAAACUUCACGCUCCGGCCCAUGGACCCGCAAUCGAGACCGACGAACAAGGAGGCUGUGGACGUGAUCGCCAAGUUGCAGACGACAAGUGACUGGCAGAACCUGCUGCCGUUCCUUUCUGGACUUCACAUGUCGCACAGACGCCUCAAUGCCAACCGGUGGGAGUGGUUGAUGCGCAAGGCCGGGCAGGCUGAUGCGCUGGGAAUCGUUCUUGAGUGCGCCAAACAGUCGGAGCGGACCAACCUGCGACUGACCAAUGCUGGACUCGUCCAGCGUCUGUUCUUCGAACUGCACCUGAAGGCCCAGCAGGGAGAGUUCCAGGAUCCUGCCGUCUCCAAGGCUCUGAGGCUGGCGCAGCAGUUCGCCUCGCUGAUGGAGGCUCCCGAGCACAUCGAUCCGAACCCGGACACGGAUCCUAAGAGAAAGCCAGCGGUGAUUGGUGUCUUGUUGGAGCUUAGCUCCGCUCGUGCACUUAAUGUGAAUGCAGGGAAAGAUGAGGGCCGCAACGUUCGUGCCUAUGCUCAGCGUCUGCUGGGAAGCUGGCAAUUGGGCAACUUCAGCAGUGAGGUCAAGGAUUGGACCAGCGUCGACCAGAUGCUCCGGGACAACGUGCCUAUCUACAACGGUAUGAAACUUGCCUUGCAGGUUCACGGAAUCUCCAACGACAAAUCGAUUGCCCCCGGCUUAAAGACGCGCAUUAAUGAGCUGGGCAUCUUGAUCGCGAACCAGAAGAAGCUGGCACCCGAGAAGGUCCAGCGAAAGCCGACCCUCGGUCUGGCACAGAGCCAUCUCUUGCACCAGGGUUGA